UGUCAGCGUUACAAUCUAGUCGAGUGUGUCUGGUGCGAGAUGAAGGAAUUAGAAGCCCCUAGGUCGCGGCAUGCGAUCGCUUGCCUAGGAAAUCUAGUGUACCUUUUCGGGGGCUAUCGGUUAUGCCGAGACACCUACUAUUCGCCGGCUAGCGAUACUCUACUUGUCUACGAUCCUUGUAUGGACACCUGGCAUAUGCCGACCCAGCUCCUGCCUAUGCCUACCGUGGAGAUGGGAAUUACAGCAGUUCCCCACAGAAGUAAUGACUAA